AUGCCCGCGUUCCGGCCUCCAAAGAGUUCAGGCGACGAUGUUGCGACGACGAAGAUUGUCCGAAGGCUUGGGCACAAUGAAUCAUAUCAGUUGGGAUUAUACAUGCUAAAUCAGUAUCGUGGCACAUCCGUGUCCGGUCGCUACCAGAUCCCCCGGCCCCUUGCAAAUCCAGACCAACAGGAGAAGCUCGUUGGCAUCGUUGAAGCUGCUCUUUGCGACAACAUAAUGAAGCAUCAUGUGCUGCAUGUUGGUAUUCUGGACGCUACUUCCAGCCGUCCCGCCUUCGUCCAGCUAGACAGCCUGGAACUACGCCAGCAUAUCGAAUGGCAGUUCCUAGAUGCUUCGGCCCACUUCGAGGCCGCCCUGCAACAUCUGACCGAGAUUCAGAUAGACGCCCCCUAUCCCCGCCUUAACAAGCAGCCUGGCUGGGGAGUGGUCGUUUUGCACCAGAAGGGAGCUGAUUUUCUUGAAAUCAUGUUCACCUGGAGUCACCCGCACGCGGAUGGCAUGAGUGGCAAGAUUUUCCACCAAAGCUUGAUCAGCAGCUUUUUCAGCAGGGGGAUGAACGACAAGCACCCGGAUAUGGAUGCAUAUACCCUUGGGCUUCCCCGAUCUCUACCCAAGCUUCCUCCGCCCAUCGAACAGAUCAUGUCACUUCCGCUGGGAACGGGGUAUCUAGUCAAGAUGGUGAUAGACGACAUCAGGCCACCCAUAUUGACGCACUUCCGAUCUUUCACCGUUGACGACAGUGUCCUCUCCCAGAUUCUGGCUGCCUGUCGCCAACAUCAGACGACGCUGACAGGUCUUUUCCACGGCCUGGUGCUCGCCGCUCUCGCAACACAUUUGAAUAAAGGAGCUGCGUCUGGGUUUGAAGCGGCCACCACCAUAGACCAGAGAAGGUUCGUCCCGUCCGCGCCGGAAGGAAACCCCUGGUUAGAGCCAAAGCAGACCAUAGGUAACUUUGUAUCCAUUAUGUACCAUACGUUCGAGCCGGAGCUCGUAGCCAAGGUACGAUCCGCUGCAUUAUCAACGCCGGAAGCCCCAAGUGCCGUGUUGUCUGAAGAACUCGCAGCUCUCAUCUGGGAAGCCGCCGUACAAGUUCGGAGAGAGGUCUCGGACAAGGUGGAUUUGGGUGUCAGGAACGACCUCACGGGGACAAUGAGGUUCGUCAAGGACUGGAGGGCUCAGCUAUCAAAGGUAGCUCGCAAACCGCGGCACGCCUCCUGGCUGAUCACGGGACUCGGCAUACUAGACGGAGAAGCACCGCCAGCGAAUGAGUCGUUGGAGAUGAACGGUGAACCAAGUCCCACAGACUCGUGGAGGAUUCGCCGUGCCCAGUUUGUUCUGAGCGCAGAAGUUCCGGGCGCAGCGCUGAACAUCUCCCCAUUACCGUCAAGGGUGAGCGACUCUGCGUUGGUGGUAGCUGGCAGGAUGGCGUCGUUAAUGAAGCCCUGGGAUGCUCUAUCAUGGCUGAUCUGGAACAGUGGUUGGGGGUGA